AGAACAACAAAGUGAGUGGGAUGUUUGCACAUGACCUUUUUAUCAAAGGCUGAAAGGAGGACCUGGUUCAGAUAAAUAUCCCGGACUGCUGAGCAGCUCUUCACUACGCAGGGACACCAAUAAUCACAACCGUGUGCCAGAUCAACAUGGCCGUGUCACUGUUUGCCACAGCGGGAAUUCUUUUCAUAUUAUUCACCGGUUCAUCAGCGCAAAUCAGAGGAGAUAACCUUCAAACAUGCAACAUGAAUGAUGGCUUUGGAAAGUACUGCCCCACUACAUGUGGAGUUGCAGAUUACAUGUUCAGGUACAUACCAGUCGUAGAUGAAGAACUGACUUCAAUGCAAAAUGAACUGGAAACAAUUGCCAAUUUAACUCAAGGGGCUGAUGAAAAGAUUGAAUACAUGAAAGACUCGGCAACCUCAGCUCAAAAGUCUUCUCAACCUGAUCCAUACUACAAGAGGUCCUCCAGUAUGCUGGAUGAUGUCUUGCGAUUUGAAAAGACAUUUAUUGCACAAGAGCAACAAUUGCUAGAACUGCAGAGUGUAAUCUCAUCCAAUGAGAGGCGGAUGGCAGAUUUGAAGAAGAUGGCCCUUCAGCUACAGCAGAAAUGCAGUCAGCCCUGCAGAGACACAGUCCAAAUCCAAACUCUCACAGGAACAGAUUGCCAGGAUGUUGCAAACAAAGGUGCCACCACCAGUGGUCUUUACUAUGUGAAGCCAGCCAAAGCACAGGAGCAGUUCUUAGUCUAUUGUGAGAUUGACAGCUUUGGUCGUGGCUUCACCGUCAUACAAAGGAGACAGGAUGGCAGUGUGGACUUCUCUAAAGACUGGAUCCAGUACAAGGAGGGCUUCGGGUAUCUUUCCCCUGAUGACACAACAGAAUUUUGGCUCGGUAACGAGAAGAUCCACCUGCUGACAACAAGUUCAUCCCUCCCAACUGUGCUAAGGGUUGAGCUUGUGGACUGGGACGGUAACAAAAAGUACGCUGACUACAAUAUGUUCAGAAUUGGCUCGGAGGCCGACAUGUACCGACUAACGUAUGGUUACUACUUCGGUGGCGAUGCCGGCGAUGCCUUUGAUGGCUUUGACUUUGGAGACGAUCCCAGUGACAAGUUCUAUACGUCCCACAAUGGCAUGCAGUUCAGUACUCAUGACAAGGACAAUGACAAGUAUGCUGGGAACUGUGCUCAGCAGGAUGGCUCUGGCUGGUGGAUGAACAGAUGCCACGCUGCACAUUUGAAUGGCAAAUACUACACAGGUGGCAGGUACACUGAGAAGGAUGCUGGUGAGUAUGGCUUCGACAACGGCAUCAUUUGGGUCACAUGGCACAGUCGCUGGUACUCCCUGAAAGAGACCACCAUGAAGAUCAUUCCCCUGAGCCGCAUCACAGCAGGAGGCGGACAGCAAACUGGGAUUAAACAGUUUGGAGGACUUGGAGAUGCAUAAACUGGAAAAACAUUUGUAACCAGCGGUCUUAUCGCGGGUCCCUCUGUGAUGGUUGUGUUUUCUCCCUUUUAAUAGAUAAAAUUUGUUAAUCUGACCUACCAUAACUCUGAGAUUAGCUCUUCUUUUAGGCAUGUUUCACCCACUGACCAUGAUGUCUUCCGUUUUAUGUCAGGUUCUUAGAUUUGAUAUUAACUGCACUGUAAAGACAAGAAUUUGAAAGCAAACAUGAAAUAAACGGACAACAUUUUUA